GUCGUUUUGGGCCGGAUAAAAUUGUUGCUAUCUGUAAAUAAAGAACGUUUUUUAAUAUCAGAACAUAAAUGGAUCAAUGUCGACAGAAAUUCAAUUAUUAAAUGAGUUACCAGUGGAGAAAUUGAUUCAGCUUAAGAAUUCGCUAAAAGGGACCGCACAAAAUUACAAUAGCGACAACUAUACAGUAACUUCUCCGAGUUAUUUGAAAACCUUUGGAGCUGAAGCCAUGGCUAUUCGUGCACCGUCUGUAAAGCGUACUGAUUACGAAGAAGAAAUGGAAAAUAAGGAUAGUGAGAGUAAAAUUAGUCACGUUUUCUCAAUGUCUGUUACAACGUUGGCUUUUUUAGCUUUCGGUGGCUAUUUGCUCUGUUUAAUCGUUCAAGCAAUAAAGUCGAAACAGAAUAGCAUGCCAGUUGUCACCCCUCAGCCUACCUUCUUUGUCAACGCUGGAAUAAAACGGCCGCAGACACAGUUCGCAUCCUACGGCAGGAGAAAGAGAGAUUUGAAUGAAAUCGAUGAAACAUACUUACUGCCGGAACAAUUAUUUUCUGGGUUAGUACAUUUAUGUGAAGGAUAUGCUAAGUGGAGUAAAAGACAUAAUUUGUAG